CAGAGGGGCAGGAGCAGAGGGAAAAAGCUAAAAUACAAAUUUCGUACCGUGAAUCCUCGUCACCUUUUAGGCCUACCUGAUACGUUGCGGACUCAUUUUAAAAGUUCUAAUGAUGGCGGCCUUGUCGCAAUGUUUAGAAGAUUCACCCGCAAAGUGGGCUACCAAAAAGACAAACGAUUUGAAUCUCCAAGAGUUGUACAACGAAAGUCACCGACUUGCUUUGGAGGAGCUUGUUUCCUGCGGGACGGACAAGUUUAUAGACUUUCUCAAAAAAGAGAGAAUUCCCAACUUCAUCUCGGAUGAGGAAAUACAGCGGUUAGUGCGGAGUGCUGUGGUCCCUCGGUGCCACUCGAUCCACGGGGAUGACUUUGAGCAGUCAGUUAGCAGUUCAAUGGACUGCUCCUCCGUUACAUAUUUCCCCGAGAUCUCCGAUGUUGACCCCCCGCUGUUGGAAGUCGGCUGGCCAGCUUUUACUACAGGCUCCUACCGAGGAGUUACCCGUGCUGUUGCACAUUUUCAGCCAAGCUACGGAGAGUGCAUUUAUAGCUGCAAGGAAGCUGCACGACGAAUGAUUAAAAGUGCAAAAGAGGUGAUUGCCAUAGUUACCGACUCACUCACAGACCUGGAUAUCUUCAAAGAUCUUCAGGAGGCAUGCACCCGCCGAAAUGUGCCAGUCUACGUCCUCCUCGACCAAACCAGCGUUUCUGCCUUCCUGAAGAUGUGCAACGAUAUCGGCAUCCGUUUGGACGACCUGCGGCAAAUGAGGGUGCGAUCUCUCCGUGGCACAACAUAUUACCUGAGAUCUGGAGCCAGUAUAUCUGGAAAGGUCCACGAGCGCUUCAUGCUUAUUGAUGGAAACCGCGUGGCAACCGGUUCCUACAGGUUCAACUGGACCGACGGGCGCCUGAACAGCAGCAACCUGGUGGAGCUCUCUGGCCAGAUCACAGAGAAAUUCGACGAGGAGUUCCGCAUCCUCUACGCCCAGUCGCUGCCCCUCAGCACCCCGGCCCCCCCAAGGGCGCGCACCAGCGGCGGGCACGAGCGCCUCCUCCUCCUCAAACACACCAACGCCAUGUCCUCCCCGCACAGCGCCAGAGCCGGAGCCGGCGCACACAUGCUGUUCCUGACCAGCACGCCUGGUCGAGAGCCGCGGGCCCUGGCGCCGGACGGCCAGCCCCCCCGUGACCCCCUGACCGGAGAGGCCGGGUCAGGCUCCUCCGUGCUCGGGGAUGAGUGGGCGGAGAACCAGCCGCAGCACAUUGAGGAGAUGCCAGAGAUCCACAGCGAGCCUCCAACCGCCCCGACGCCAGAUGCCCCCAGCGAGGUCGCCACCCAGGCUCGCUGUGUCAUGGUGGACUGUGGCUCUCAGACCGACCCCAGGGGCCUCGGCCACCCGAACGGCCCUCACCACGCACCAGAGAACACUGUUGCUCCAUCGCCCACCGCCGAGCCAUCCACGACCACCGCCACAACAGCCAACCGCGAGCCAACAACGAGCCCCACCCCGUACCCAGCCGGUUCUCCCCCCAGGGGGCUCGGCCCCGUCUCCCCAACCCGGCGGGUGUCGGGACCCCGGUCUCCGGUCGUGACCCGCGACCCAGCAGCAGGUCCUAACGCCGACGCCAGCCUCCGGGACUGCUUCACCAAGCUUAGCAGAGAGCGCCAGCUCCACUACUCGUCCAUCCGCAGCAGGCUGGAGAGCAUGGUGAGCGUGUUGUCCCAGAGGAGGGAGCUGGCGGAUGUCACCAACGUCAGCCACACCACAGCCGCGGCAGCAGUGAGGCCCAGGGCCCAGCGAGAGUGUGGGAAGGAGCAGAGUGCCGGGAUGCUGCCUGGGGAACAUGUGAGCGUGGGCACUUGGCCAAGAGCCAGAUGUCUCCACUAAAUAUCUCUCUUAUACACUGCAAAGAGUUAAACGAUUUUAGUACAAUUCAGGAGAAGAUGGAGGGUUUUUAUGGUUGAUUUUAGGGUGUGCUGGGGAAUUUAACACUACUAUACUUUUCUGAAAGAGUGGCUUUAUGUACCUCAAUCCUGUGCCUUUUUUAUGUCUACGUGUUUUCUUGUCUGGAAGUUUUUUUACUUUUGUUCUUUUGUGUGUGUGGGAGUCGGAGGCUGGGAUGAUGCAAUACCAAAGCGGAUUAAUUAAGACCACCCAGAAAUCGAGUUAGAAAAAGUGCAAUAAUGCUUUGGUCUUUGUUGUUGUAAGUGAUACCCUCUACUGAGAAAGGUAGUAUCUUCAAAACGUAGUUAGACUAAUGAAUUUGAACCUAAAAAGAAUCUGUAUAGUUAAUAUAAUGUAGCACUUGGAAAAUGCUGUACCUGCUGUAACUACAUGGUAACAUUCCAGAAUAAAUCUCAUUCUAUGAUCAAAAAUAUCUUUCUGAUAUAGUUACAGUAUUACGAACGUCUU